AGCGGCGAAAGCCGGGAGGGCGAACGAGAGAGCAAGCAGGCAGCAGGCGGGCGGGCGGACGGACGCACGGAGGGAGGGAGCCAGCGAGCAGUGAGUGAGCCAUCUAGGGCGGCGGUGUCCCGAGGGCAGCCGAAAUUCCCCCCGCCCCUCUGGCCCUCUCCCCGGAGCCCACAGCGCCUCCGGUCUCCAGCGGAGCGGACACGGCCCGGCCCGGCCAUGGCCUCGUUGCUGAAGGUGGAUCAGGAAGUGAAGCUCAAGGUUGAUUCUUUCAGGGAGCGGAUCACAAGCGAGGCAGAAGAUUUGGUGGCAAAUUUUUUCCCAAAGAAGUUGUUAGAACUUGAUAGCUUUUUGAAGGAACCAAUCCUAAACAUCCAUGACCUAACUCAGAUCCACUCGGACAUGAACCUCCCGGUCCCUGACCCCAUUCUUCUCACCAAUAGCCACGAUGGAUUGGACGGUCCCACUUAUAAGAAGCGGAGGUUGGAUGAGUGUGAAGAGGCCUUCCAAGGAACCAAGGUGUUUGUGAUGCCCAAUGGGAUGCUGAAAAGCAACCAGCAGCUGGUGGACAUUAUUGAGAAAGUGAAACCUGAGAUCCGGCUCCUGAUUGAGAAAUGCAACACGGUCAAAAUGUGGGUGCAGCUCCUGAUUCCCAGGAUAGAAGAUGGGAACAACUUUGGGGUGUCCAUUCAGGAGGAGACAGUUGCAGAACUAAGGACUGUUGAGAGUGAAGCUGCGUCUUAUCUGGACCAGAUUUCUAGAUAUUAUAUUACAAGAGCCAAAUUGGUUUCUAAAAUAGCUAAAUAUCCCCACGUGGAGGACUAUCGCCGCACUGUGACAGAGAUUGAUGAGAAAGAAUAUAUCAGCCUUCGACUCAUCAUAUCAGAGCUACGGAAUCAAUAUGUCACCCUACAUGACAUGAUCCUGAAAAAUAUUGAAAAGAUCAAACGGCCCCGGAGCAGCAAUGCAGAGACACUGUACUGAGGCCAGGGCCAGGGCCAGGGGACUCUGUGAGUCUGGCUCAAGACCGACAUUGCCUUGGUUUGUUACAUGACUAUCGUGAUGGGGAAAUUGGCUGGAAAUAGUAAUCACACCGCUCUCUGUUUUUAGUUAGAGUCUAAUGAAACUCUCAUCUAGUUCUGUGAUGUGUUUACCUCUUUUUUCAGGCCUCAGGAACUCUUCUAUUUCCUUCCCUAAUACCCCACACCUCACCUGUCCUAAUCUCUGGAGAACUCCAGGUUUGUGUGCGCAGGAUGUUGGCACAAGCAUACUUGUGCUUUCUCUCUCCCCUUCUCUCCCUCCUGUGUCUUGGGCUUUGUAUUUUCUUCCAUUUUGUGAUUGAUUGGUUAGAAGCUGAGGGAACUGGAAGGAAAGUGCUAGGUGUUUCUUGGGAAAGGUGGGGGAGGGGAACCCAGUUCCUCUCUUCCUGACAUAAGGUUAGUGUCUCUUGCCUCUGUGAGACACUGGACCCCCUUGCCAUAGUUCCCCUGGUGGGGACUUAGGUUUCCCAUCUAUAUACAUCCCAUUUUGAGCAUGGUCAGAAACACCUUAGACCUUAAGCCAAGUCCCUAGCUCCUUCAGAUGUUUUGUAAUGAGGUUUUCACAUACACAUCCAUGUUUGCAUGUACACACACAUACAGACAUGCAGGCACAUAUCUUCCUACUCCAUCAUGUAACAGCUCCCCUCCCCCAAAUCCUGUCACACUGACCCCUUUUCAGAAGGAGGUGAUAGUUGUCUUGGUUGACAUCCAUCCAGACAAGAGUCCUGAGCCCAUCCUCUCUUCUUAUGUGGUAGCCUCUUGGUGCCUAAAGCCAGGGCAGUAGAGGGAUGGGGAAGGCAGUCUUCCUGUGCAACAAGGGUCCUUUUUGGCGUUAUUGCAAAGGCUGGUCCUCUGACUCCUCGUUGCUCCUUCCUAGGCCAGUUGUAAAUUGGGGUGGGGAUGUCUGCAACUGUGAGGUCCAGAUGCUGCUGCUCCUGCUGGGCUUUCCUUUUGGGAAGUUUUUCUCUUAUUUAUAGUAUUGUGCUUCCAAGGAAAGCAGUCAUUUGUGUGUGUAUAUGUGUGUGCAUGCACACAUUGUGUAUAUGUGAAAAUCUGUUGGGCAAGUUAAAACCAUAGAAGAGUUGCCUCUUAUCUCUUGAAUUUUCCAGAGAUAUCCUUCAUUGUUACAAUUUUUGUGUUACUCCUUAUCAUCCCCCAGCUUCGUUAUUCUCCACUACUGGAGAGUUGAUAUCUGCAGUCAGCCUGCCAGUGACGGUGUCUGUUUCUGACUUUCAUUCUUCCCCUUGUCUCCAUCUUCCACCCCACUCCCCACCGCCAAUCAUAGCUCCACCUGGGAUGUGUCACUUUUACUCCCAAUAUGCUAUAGAGAAGGAGUCAGAACAUUGUCUUCCCAUGAGUAGUACUCAGUAACAAACCAAUUGCAUUUUUAGUUGGGCAGUGCCCCAACUCACCUUCCGGAUCCCUUCCAACCUAAAACCCUUCCCUCUUCCUAUCAUGUGUUUCUCAGUUUCCCUUUUUGUUGGAUUGUUCACCUGCCCCUCCUCACCCUACCACCCUCGGAUUGUAAUGUAAAAUUCUUUUACCAUGUCAAGAAAUUAUUAAAAAUACAGGUACUUUGAC